AUGGAUGCCCUCCAUCUGGGUUUGGAAGCAGUGGAGCUGUGCAGAAAGGCAGACAAGAUCUACACAGCUGGAGACAUUAAGAGAGCUGUAGCUCUAUAUACGAAUGCAUUUGGGUGCAAUGCAGGAUCCACUAUGGCCCAUAUGCGCAGCUUGGACAGUAGCUGUAUAGAACAGAUUACUUCAAGUCUGGAAGCUUGGCUUGAUGGACAUGAAGUGACACAGAAGCCCAUGCAGGACGUUAGCAAAGGACUGGGUGCAGUAUUCCUAUCGACUUUGUGUCCCAAUAAUGUUUCUGCUUCAGUUUUUAAAAUGGAGUCGGUCCUGCUAGGGGCUGCUCAUAACUCUAAGGAGAUCUUCACCCGAUGUUCAUCUCUUCUGGAGGAAAAAAAAAAGCCUCGUCCAGAGGGACUUACGCGAGUAAUUGUGGAAUUAACUAGAGCUCUUGCUUGCUUGAUAGCAGAUCCCAAUAAUCCCAAAGGUCCUCUGCUGUAUCUGCAAGCUUACCUUGCAAAUAGAUCAGAGACAGUGAGACUGGUCAAAAGUAGGCAUUUGGAACAUUUGCCUCAAAUAGUUCAAGCUUUCUUUGAAAACAUGGCCCCAAAAUUCCACAUUUUCCAUGCUGACUGUAAAUUGGAUGACCCUCUUAAUGCUAAAAAAAAGACUGAGGAUAUUCCCCCCUCUGAAUCAGUAGAAUUUUUAGUUGCUAUUUCACCUGAGAACUCCCUAGUAAGAGAGCUUCAGGGAGCUGUGUUAUUUUCCUUGGGCAUUUUCGAUGAAAGUGCAGAGGCUUUGUCGAUGGCUCUGCAACUAGCUGAAUUCCAGUCAGAUACAAAAACAAAUGUGGAUCUGGCUGUAAUGGGCGCUACACCAGAGAGGAAAGCGAGUUUACUCGUGGCCAGAGCUGCUGCCUGUUUUUCAGUAAGUGGACGAGUAAGUGAAGCUUGCCGGGACCUUGCUGAAGGGUUUGCUGUCCACCCUUCAAUGGCAAGGUACCAGUUUAAAAGGAUGUUUUCUGAAAACGGCAUUGCAGCAGUGGUUCGUUUUGAAUUGCGGCAUCAGGCUGAAAGAGGCCUGUCUAACUUUAGGGAGACGGUUCUCCAGAGAUCUGACCUGCGGUCCUGCACAGGUGUGGAACUACUAGACUCUGUCAUUACCCAACUUCGAGCUUUGUGCCAUCUGGAGAAUGACGGAGGUUCACGGGAGCUUCGGGUUCGACUGGCAGACUGUCUGCUCCUACACGGAGAGUUUAAAGAGGCACUGUCCAUCAGCAGCCAGCUUGCUGCAGCUGCCCCUUCAAACUACCAGAACACAGUACAGGUCCUUUGUGGUUUUUCACGCCUACUCUCUGAGGACCACCAAGGGGCUCUGGAGGAUUUUCAGGCUGUGAUUGAACAUAGUGCUCCUCAUCCUCCGAGUUGUGUGCGUGCCCUUUGUGGGAGGGGUCUGUUGCGCAUGAUGGCUGGCACACAUUACCUCACCGCACUGGACUACAUCACGGCGAGUCGGCUCCAGCAUCAGGACACGGCACUGACCAUCAAGUGUCUGGUGCCGUGGAACUACCGUGGCUUGCUGUGCACUGUAUUGCUUGAGCAAGGGAGGGCCAUGCUGGAAGAGUUUGCAGUGCAGAAAAAUCUUUCAGAAUCUAAUACCAUCAAGGAGCAUCAAAGUAAGAAUCACCUGCCAGCUGCCAAACCUGCAAAAGACCAUCAGUCCAUGAUGACAAAAGAGGGCUUCACUAUCAACAAAGAAGGAAUGGCAGUAGGUGUACAUGCACUUGCCCUUCUCUUGAUGGAGUUGCAGCAGGAUACUGACUUGCCCCAGAUCCUCGCAGCGGAUGCCUUGUACCAACUAAAUCGUGUUGAGGAGGCUUAUCGUAUUCUCCUCUGUAUGGAGCACACAUCUCCUCGCUCACCAGUCCUUGCCAGACUUGCGCUGCUUCAGCUGCACCGGGGCUUUCUGUAUGAUGCCAACCAGUUACUGAAGAAGCUUAUCCAUUGUGGAGACACUAGCUGCCUAAGCUCUCUGCUCUCUGUGGCAGCUCUAAAGGACAGGGCACUCCUAGAGAAACACUGUUAUUCUGCAUCAAAACGUAUUCUACAUAGCCAAGAACAGGAAAGUGCCAUCAGAGAAGCUGUAGCCUAUCUCUCUAUUGGCAUUAUGGCUUCUGGUGGUGAAGCAACAGAGUCCUUACUGGAGAGAGCCAGGUGUUAUGUUUUACUGGGCCAAAGGAAGACUGCCAUUUUUGACUUCACUGCUAUCCUCAAGGAGGACAGGAAUCAUGUGCAAGCUCUGUGUGGGAGAGGGUUCACUUAUCUAACGUUAAACCAGCAGAAGGAAUCAACACAAGAUAUACUAGCAGCUCUUCGGGUUAAUGCAGAAGAGGUUAUUCAAAGGAUUCUGUCCUUAAAGGACAGGGCACGGAAGCUAAUCUGUGAAUGGCUUCAACAGCACUGUCAUGCAAGUCUUUCCACCAUUCUGUCUACCAACCCAAUACCUUGCCAUCCAGAUUGUCUUAAAGAGGCCUUUCUGAUUAGUGAAACGCUAAUGAAAACGGACUAUAAGGAUCCGAGAUGGCAUCUCCUCUACAUAGAUUGUCUGCUUGGACGAGGGGACUUGAAGGCAGCAGGUGCGCACCUCCUGCAGGUCUUUGGUCAGGAGCCUCGUGAUGCCUCUGCCCAGGCUAGGUGGGGAGUGGUGGAGGGCCGAAAAAAGAAUUACAAGUCAGCAGUAAAGUGCUUGAGUGCGGUCACUGAGAAAGAUCCCUCAGUGCUAGACUUCCUUCUGACUCUCAUUAAGCCCCAACAAAAGACACAAUUAGCACAGGCAGCAUCGCAGGAGGCAAGCAAAGUCUCAGAGACUGGCCAGUGGGAGCAUGCGGUGGCUUUACUCACUGUGGCUGUGCAAGCGUCAGGUGGUACAAAGUUCCAGCACCUGCGUCAGCGUGCAGCAUGUCUCACACAACUGGGUCUCAAUGAACAGGCCGUGUCAGAUCUGGAUAAGGUCAUACUUUCCCACAGUCAGGACAGCAGUGAAGAGGCCAAGGUUAAGGCUGAGGAUCUGUGCAGACGGGGCUGCAGUCUGUUGACAUGCUCCCGGGAUGAGCUGGCUGUAAAUGACUUCUCUCAGGCGUUGGAGCUACACACAGAACAAGCAUUGCUGUGUGUUGAGGCUGGACCAGGACGACAUUGCCUGGCUGAACUCUUUCUACGCUUUGCUCUGCAGAAUUAUGGAGAGCAGCAGCUGGACAAGGCCUGGCACCUUACAGAAAGUGGCCUGAGGGUAGACAACAACCAUGCUGAGUUGCGUCGUCUCAAAACCAGAAUUAAACGCGAAGUCUCUGGAACAUGUAAUGUACACUAAGUAUUGUUUGUGCACAUGUUAUAAGGGUUUCUAGGUUUUAAACAUUUUUCUAUUUUUUACCCCUUUUGA